AUGACCACCGAUUAUGAUGUCCUUGUCGUUGGAGCCGGCAUUUUUGGAUCUUGCACCGCAUACAACUGCCAAAAGUUAGGAUUAAAAACGCUUCUUCUUGAACAGGUACGAUUUAAAAAAAAUAGGUUUUUCUAAACCAUUAUUGUUGUUCAGUAUGAACUGGGACACAGUAGAGGAAGUUCGCACGGAAAGAGUCGAGUGAUUCGCUACGCACACACUAACCCGGAGUACGUGCCUCUCGUCGGCGACUCUUACGAUCAAAUUGAAGAGUUGGAGAAGAAAAGAGACGAGAAACUGUGGAAGUCAGUUUGAGAAUGUUUUUUCUAACCACAACUUUUUGUUCAGAAAGUUAGGGCUGUUGUGGGCUGCAACUGGAAAUCAAGUCGAAUCCAUCUCCGGGAAUUUGAAAUUGCACAAUAUCGACCAUGAAAUGAUUCCGGGAACUGAGGUCUUUAAAAAAGAAUAAAACCGAAGAUUAAAUCACAUUAUUCAGAUUGAGAAACGUUAUCCUCAAUUCUGUUUCGAUGAGAACUGGAUGGGUCUUCUCGAUCCUAUGGGCGGAGUGAUUUACGCAAACAAGUGGCUCACGGCUUUCCAAGUUUCAACUUUCACCCAAGAUUCUUAAACCAAUUUUUUUGCAGGAUGAAUUCAGAACCUUAGGAGGUGUAAUUCACGACAACGAAGAGUUUCUCUCGUUUUCCGAAGACAACGGAAUCGUGACAAUCUCCACCUCGAAAGGUCACUGCACUGCGAAGAAAUUAGUUUUCACUGUGGGAUGUUGGAUAACGAAAUUUCUUCCAAACGUGAAAUUUGAUAUAAAGGUACCCUUACAAAAAUACUUUUCAGCAUAAAUAUCAAAUUUUAGGCGAUUAGCCUCGCCGUCUGUUAUUGGAAGGCUAAAGAAGAAGGAACCAGUCAUUUGCUGAGUGAAGAUUAUUUCCCGGCGGUCAUUGUGAAAAAUUUAGAGAAACACGAGGAAUAUUUCGCAUUGCCGGAUACCGACUAUCCAGGAGCCAUCAAAGUACGUUCAAAAAGCUUCUCAUCAUCAAAAAACCAUUUUCAGCUCGUGAUCGACGAUGGGGACGCGUUGACCACUGAUCUUUGUCAUCCCAAUGAUCAAACUCAGGUUAUUCCUUUUUUUUUAAGAAAUGUGACCCAAAAAUAAAAUCCGUUCUUCUUCAGCAUCUCAAGAAUCUCCCUGGAAACUUCAUAAAGGCCCACAUCCCAAUUGUCGAUGGAACCAGUCCAUUCAAAGUGGACCGAUGCAUUUACACAGUGAGAACACAGUUUGUCAUCGAUAAAAUUUAAGCUGUACAUAUACUUUGCAGAAUUCGCCAGACCAUCACUACUUGAUCGGCCCAAUUUCUUCUUCGAACACUAACAUUCUUGUCGGCGGAUGUGGAUCGGGAUCGGGAUUCAAGGUGGCUCCGGGGAUUGGAAAAGCUCUUGCUGAAAUGGCGGCUGGCAAGAAGACUACUGUCGACGUGUCUUUCUUUUCUCCCAAUCGUUUUGACUGA